UUUCAGGAGUAUUUUUGAUCAUUUAAUGGGAAGCAGCGGUGAGCGAUUUCAUGAAAUUAUUCCAUCAUCAUCCGAUAGUAUUCUCACUGCCCAACAAACUUCAACCACAUAUGCCCGAGCAAAGCAUGCCUUUAAAGGACGAAACAACGACGAGCUUUCAUUUCGAAAAGGUGAUGUUAUCACUGUCACACAACAGUUGGAAGGUGGUUGGUGGGAAGGAACGCUGCAUUCCUAUACCGGAUGGUUCCCAUCGGAUUACGUCAACAUAAUAUCGCAAUCCGAAAGGUUUUUGCGAUCUCGAAGUAAUGCACCUGCAAUGUUAAAUGGUGAUGGCCCAUCAUCCGGUCGAACAAAAGAAACACCCCUCUUUUCCAGUGACACAAGUCGACAAGCUUAUCGGGAACAGGUAAUGAAAAGUUUUCUGGAAGCGGAAUUAAAAUAUGUCGAUAGUGUCACAAAAUUUAACGACGAUACAUUGGCCAAAAUUAAGGAUUCGAAAAAGAUUUCUGAGAAGGAUUUUCAAGUUCUUGCCGGAAACCUGCAGCUUCUAAUUACUCAUCAGCGCGAAUUAUUAUGUGAUAUCAAAGAAGCUGCUGAAAAGGAUGCGACCAAUGCUCGAAUUGGUGGUUUGUUGCUAAAAGCAGCACCAAAUUUGCGACAUCUUCUCAGGGUUUAUUGCCAAAAUCAUCCAAAGGCAGUAGAUCUCAUCCUUAGAAAUAAGAAUCUCUAUGAAGAGAUACUAAAUGAAAUAGAUUAUCAUCUGAAAGAUUUGAUAUCCGGAUUGAGUCGUCCAUUCCGACAUUUGGAAACAUAUCCGAGUAUGCUAAAUGAACUGGAGCGUGGUAUGCAUGAAGCACAUCCGGAUCGAGGUGAUACACAGCGGGCUGCCGCCGUCUUUCGUGAUAUCGCCAAUUACUGCGGAAGUUUACGAAAACAGAAAGAGAUGCAGUUGGAAUUACUCACUUCUGGUUCCAUUGAUGGUUUGUCAUCGGAGGAACUGAAAAAACUCGGGGAAAUUUUAUACAUGAGUAUUGUUUCUGUAGAUGAUGUAAAGGCUUCUACCGAAGAAGAACUGUCUUGUGAUAGGUGA